ACCAUCUGGCCACACCUACUAGGAAGUGGACAGCACCUGACAUGUCAUAAGAACUCUCGGCAGUGUACUCAGCGCUUCUUUUUUUUUAGCAUUUAACGUUAAGUUUCCCGGACUGCAUCUCUUUCGCUCCAUGGCCAGUUCCUUCCCAAGCGCGGCCGAGCUCGUGGCGGGCGCGCGGCGCUUGUUUGGCCAUGUUUUUGGGGAAGAGGCUCCACUGACGGCGGCGUGCGCCCCCGGAAGAGUCAACCUCAUCGGGGAGCACACCGACUACAACCGGGGAUUCGUGCUCCCCAUGGCGCUGCCGCUGGUGACUGUGGUGGUUGGGGGUCAAACCUCCGGCCCGAACGUCACCGUUGUAACCUUAAGCGAGGAUGCUGACGAGCCUCGGAGGGUGGACUUCUGCCUGCCCAGUGACGGAUCACCGCUGCCUCCCGGGUUACCCAGCUGGGCCAACUAUGUGAAGGGUGUUAUCCAGCAUUACCGGGCUCCACCCGUGCCAGGGUUCAGGGCGGUGAUAGCCAGCAGCGUGCCCCUGGGAGGAGGUCUGUCCAGCUCCGCCUCUCUGGAGGUGGCGUUCUACACAUUCCUGCAGCAACUCAAGCCAGAUGACGGGGACAAGGUAUCUACAGCGCUGGCCUGUCAGAAGGCAGAACACACCCACGCCGCGGUGCCCUGUGGCAUCAUGGAUCAGUUUGUGUCUGUUUUCGGCCGGGAGGGCCAUGCUCUGCUCAUCGACUGCAGGUCGCUGGAGUCCACCCUGGUCCCUCUGGCGGAUCCAUCCUUGGUCAUUCUCAUCACCAACUCCAAUGUAAAGCACUCUCUGACCGGCAGCGAGUACCCCACGCGACGCAGGCAGUGCGAGGAGGCUGCCUCAACCCUGGGAAAGGACAGUCUCCGAGAUGCCACCAUCAAGGACCUGGAAGAGGCAAGGGGCAGAGUAAGUGACGUGACCUAUCGAAGAGCUCGCCACGUGAUUGAGGAGAUUGAAAGAACCGUCCGGGCUGCCGAAGCCUUGAAGAGAGGAGCCUACAGAGAGUUCGGCGAGCUCAUGGUGGAGAGCCACAACUCCCUCAGAGACCUGUACGAGGUGAGCUGCAGGGAGCUGGAUGAGCUGGUUUCCGCGGCCAUGGAGGUGCAGGGGGUGUUUGGCAGCAGGAUGACUGGUGGAGGAUUCGGCGGAUGCACCGUGACUUUACUGCAGGCGGACGCCAUCGACAGGACUAUAGUCCACAUAAAGGAGCGAUACAGAGGAACCCCAACUUUCUACGUUACAACUCCGUCAGAGGGAGCUCGGGCUCUCAGUCUGCACUGACCAUCGACGACACAUCUCUCCUGUGUGAUCAAUCCAUCACUGUCCUAAGCCGUAGACGCUGUUUCCUUUUAUUUUCAUCACUGUUAAAAUUAAACUGACAUGCUGUUGUACACACUGGCUGAUUGAGAAGGAUUCUGUUAGUGCCUUUGCGAUAAAACAUUGUUGUGCCUGCAGCAAAGAGCAAGCAGAAACUGUUAGAAAUGAGCUGUUGGAACACCUAGUAGAUAAGGAGACAGAUUGUUCUUUUUUCCUCAGGAGUUGGCAGAACAAAAACAGAACUAAAAGGACACUGAAUGUCGUUCUAAAAUAGAUCAGGGUGACAAACCUAUUGUGUGCUGGAUGUGUAAGUAGAAAUCAUGUUUGCACAUGAGCCAUACAACUUUGUAAGGCAAUAAAGAGCUGUGUGUUGACUUCUGCCUGAAAAUUAAAUUUGUUAUCAGAAAAAGGUAAGAAUUUUCCAAUGAAAAUAAACAUCUAAAACAUU